ACAUUUGACUUAAAGGAAAAAAAUUUGCACGGGUCGGCGAAUCGGGUUCCAACUUCCGGUGGAGGCUGAAAAGAACCAGACGGGGUUCGGAUAACACCAACAAGGGCCACAAGGCCGUGAGGAGCCGAAGCCAAAGACUCAUGUAUGCAAAUACAUCAUGGCCAGUGCUGUAGCCAUUUCAUUGGCAAGCGAUCGACGUUAAGCAUGUCCGUCCCCAGCGGGUGACGUAAAUAUUUGACUUUUGGAAAUUCACCAACCUCGUCGAGGUCUCCUGUGUAGCAUCAAACUGAGACUGUGUGUGUGGGAGAGAGAAAAAUGGCGUCUAUUCUGCUAUGGAGGGUGUUGCCUCUGCUGACACUGCUCGCGUCUUUUUUGCUCUUUUUCUACGUCCAGAACUCUUCCAAGUUGUAUCACAAGGAGUGCAGCCUUCUUCCUUACCAGAGUUAUUGGAUAACCAGCAAGCGCAUUGUGACACCACAAGGUGUCAUUUCUGGUGCAGUUGAAAUAAGGGAAGGGAAGAUUGCAUCCAUUGUUAAAGAAGAGGAUGAGCAUGGCAAUUCCAAGGUGGGACAUAUAGUUGAUUAUGGAGAGGCUGUAGUCAUGCCUGGCCUGAUUGACGUGCAUGCACAUCUUGAUGAUCCUGGAAGAGCUGAAUGGGAAGGAUUUCCUUCGGGGACUAAGGCAGCUGCUGCAGGUGGUAUAACAACAUUAGUUGACAUGCCUCUAAAUAAUUUUCCUUCAACCGUGUCUCAAGAGACUUUGAAACUCAAGAUUGAAGCUGCAGAGGGGAGAAUUUAUGUUGAUGUUGGUUUCUGGGGAGGUUUAGUUCCUGAAAAUGCAUUCAACUCAAGUGCUCUUGAGGGUCUCCUAAAUGCUGGUGUUCUUGGUUUGAAGUCUUUUAUGUGUCCUUCGGGGAUCAAUGAUUUUCCUAUGACAAAUGGCAGUCAUAUUAAGGAGGGACUGUCUGUACUUGCAAAAUACAGAAGACCAUUACUUGUACAUGCAGAGAUUCAAAAAGAAUCUGAAAGCCACCUGGAACUUAAAGAUGGCAGCUAUGAUGCUCGUUCUUACUCAACCUAUCUUCAGACUAGGCCACCUUCAUGGGAGGAGGCAGCUAUUAGGGAGCUUGUAACUGUGGCAAAGGAAACAAGGACUGGCGGCCCUGCUGAAGGAGCUCAUCUUCACAUAGUUCACUUGUCUGAUUCAAGUUCUUCCUUAGAUCUUAUUAAGGAAGCAAAAAGUAGUGGUGAUAGCAUAACUGUUGAAACGUGCCCCCAUUAUUUGGCUUUCUCAGCAGAAGAGAUUCGGGAUGGAGAUACUCGAUUUAAGUGUGCUCCACCAAUUCGUGAUGCAGCCAAUAAAGAAAAACUGUGGAAAGCUUUGUUGGAAGGACAUAUUGACAUGUUGAGCUCUGAUCAUUCUCCGACGGUGCCAGAACUCAAGCUGCUUGAUGAUGGUAACUUUUUGAAGGCCUGGGGUGGCAUAUCAUCUUUGCAGUUUGUUCUUCCUGUGACAUGGUUAUACGGGCAGAAAUAUGGGGUAACUUUAGAACAAUUAGCUUUAUGGUGGAGUGAAAGGCCUGCCAAACUUGCCGGACAAAAACUAAAGGGUGCAAUUUCUGUUGGAAACCAUGCAGAUAUUGUCAUAUGGGAACCAGAUGUGAAGUUUGAACUCAAUGAUGACUAUCCUGUAUACCUUAAGCAUCCUAGUAUUUCAGCCUACAUGGGAACAAAACUAUCUGGAAGGGUGUUGGCAACUUUUGUAAGGGGGAACCUUGUCUACAAAGAAGGGAAGCAUGCUCCUGCCGCCUGUGGUGUUCCAAUACUCGCAAGUUGAAGGCAAGGGCCAGUUAUGGCUGGGGCAAUGUCAGGAGAUACAAUUCACCACCAGCAUUUGUUCCAGUCAGCAAUUUUGGUCUAAUGAACACCCGAGGUUUUACACUGUUCUUUUAUAACAUUGAUGUCAGCUUCAGGCUUGGAUGUGCAUAGUUUGUUGGCUUACCAAGAAGGUUUCUGAAAUUACAUGCACACUAUGGUUGGAUGUAAUGAACUAACUAUUGCUGUAAAGUAUAUAUAUAUUUUGUCAACUUUCAAAAGCACCAAAUCCUUUGAGGCUUGUUUCUCGAAAUUGGGAUUGGCUGGAAUUCGUUGACCGACCCCUGCAUGAGAUAGGGGGCAUCGAGACCUGUUCGGGCAGGUGGAUCUCAUCGGGCCUUCUCUUAAUUGCCUGUCUGGAUUGACUGCAAUUUGGGUAAACAAUUACAAGGGAUCCCACUCCUAUUUCUCUAUAGAAAGGUUGUUUGUCUAGCAUAAUUUCCUUAUUGAUGAAUAGCAACAAUUUAAGUUA